GUGGCAGCUACAGCGGCUGGGUGUAGCAGCAGGGUGAAGAAGAGGCUGUGUUUGGAUUAGGGGGUUGGGCUGCCUGCUGGUAGGAAAACCUGCCACCAGACAUCCAGUUUGUCUCCGGCGGUGCAGCGUUGCUUUCCCGCAGCAUCAGCAGCAGCGACACCGCAGCGCAGCCUCCAGCCUCACCUGCUCCUCAUCUGCGCUCCCCUCCGCCUCUGUCCAGACACACACACUGCCGCAGCACAGAGGAGACGCACGGACAGGCACGAUCAGCUGUUUCAUUGACCUGAAAGUCUGCGAGGUAAACCCAUCCUUCCUCAACACCUCUUCUAUUCAGGAGCAGUCUUCAGGGAAAUAAAGGGAAUAUACGAAGGUCAGUGAAAGAUGGUUAAACUGGGGAGUAAUCUUCAAGACAAAGGGGCCAAACCUGUGAGCGUGGAGGACGGCUUUCAGAAUGUGCCCCUCAUCACUCCACUGGAUGUCGGCAGCCUCCAGAGCCAAGCACCUGACAAGGUGGUGGUGAAAACUCGCACAGAGUACCAGACAGAGAAGAAGAGGCUGAAGGUUCCCAAGGUGGAGGAGUUCACCAUCAGCUUUACUGACGGGGUGUCUGAGAGACUUAAGGUGACGAUUCUGAUCAUCUUGGCCCUGGCCUUCCUCGCCUGCAUCGUGUUCCUGGUGGUGUAUAAAGCCUUCACCUAUGACCACGCCUGCCCAGAUGGAUUCAUUUACAAGCACAAGCGGUGUAUCCCAGCUUCUCUGGAGGCUUACUACGCUGCCCAGGAUGCCAACUCGAGGGGCCGUUUCUACACAGUGAUCAGCCACUACAGCAUGGCCAAGCAGACCACCUCGCACUCGGUCUCCCCCUGGCUGCCUGGAGGGGCGGCGGGGCAGCAGCCCGACGCUAAACCCCCGAGCAGCGAGGGCCAAUGAGUUAGCCGAAUGGUUAAAGGGUGUUGUGAACACAUGCAGACAUGAAGAAACACAGACACAUGUAGACGCAGACACACUCAGACAUGUAGGUGAAUAAUUAAAGAUAUAGACAAAAGAGACGUACGCAUCCACAUCAGCUACACAUAUAAUGCCAAUAUAGAGUGAACACAUGCAUGCAGACAUAAAAACACGCGAGUACAUUCUAGGUCAUGUUCCGAGUUACAUUGACUGCCCAUUUAUGUCCUCACUCUCUUUUCCCAUUGAACCUUCUCUUGGGAUUAUCAUCGUCUGCUGAUGCACCACAUUCAUGCAAACACACACACACACACACACACACACACACACAGUCUGCUCUCUCGUUACCACGUUUUUAGUCCCUUGCUCUAAUUUAUUAUUUAUUGACUGUAUUGAUAUAUUUAUUUUUUACUGUAAUGUAUGGAUGAUUUGGAUGUGAUUAUCUUUGUACAAAGGCACGAGUCAAUGUUGAAUUUCACGCUUCAUCUUUGUGAGAUUCUCUGAAGUCUUUUUUUCUUUCUUCAAGUGUGUAUACUGUAGUUGUAUGUAUGUAUAUUCAUUCACAUCCCCUAUUCUUCCUUUCUUACCUUUCUUGCCCAAACUGCGUGACCUCAGGCGCGUCCGUCAAACACCUCACACACACACACACACACUCAGAUCACUCCAUAUUCCAACAUGAAAAAUGCCAGUAUGAUCUUGUAUUGCUGUAACACAUUUUUAAACACUUCUGUUCAGUUCUCUCUGAGGAAGGUUUGACGCCAGUGUCCACAUCUGCAACACGUCCUGAGUUGAUUGAAAGAAUGUUUCCAUCACGGCUGUUUGAUAGCUCAUAUACAGUGACAUUUCAAUGUGCUAUACAUUUUAAAUCCUGAAAUCCCCCGAUGACCCAAGCUGUACAUACAACGGUGCGCUCAGGCUAGUUUUUCGUGUGUAUGCAUUGUAGUAGAUUUUAUUAAGAGGUUUUUGUUUUUUACAGACGUACGACACCUUCAUGCAAGUUACUUACAGUCUAUUGCUUCAGUCUUGUAGCUCCAUUAAACACAAUGUUGCAGAUGGGAAAGGAAAUACAAUGCAUAUCACCUUUUCUUGCCAAAACUGGUAUUUCCCGCUGUGUUUUGUUAUGUUUAUUGAUGGGCUUCAACUGCAGACGAGUUUUGUUCCUGUAUUUUUCAUUUUGUAACGUUGGAUCUGUUGUCAAGAGCGAUUUUAUGAGAUAUCGUGAUGUUGUUAGUUGAUAUGUAGCGAUACCUGGUGUAAUUUAUCAGUGUGCAUCCUUGUCCCUCUUCUCUUGGUUUGAAUAAAAAAUAAAAAAAGCUGUGACCUGU